GAUGAAAUAUACAUAUCAAAAAUACAUUUAACAUAGAACGUGAGUAAGUGUAGUGAGUCGUCCUAACCUACGUCCACUCUUGAUUCCUCUUCCUUCAAGACUAUCGAUUUUCAUUAUCGAUUUUUUUUUUAACGAGCGAAAAUCAACUAUCUUUAUUAUUUUUUUUUUUUCUUUUCACAUGAGAAACCUUUCACACUCAUCCUUUAUAAAAAGACAUCAUACAUACGGAAAAGACUUAAUACUUUUUAUAAUACUUUUAUUAAUUUUUACUCAAUUCUUGCACUAUCAAACAAACAUGAUAUUAACUCUAAAUAACUUUAAAAAUAGAAGAAAAAAAAUUUAAAUCCCCCGUCAUCGAAGCAACGGCAGGAACUGGGUGUCACCCCCAAUUUGCCGCUUCUGUUUUGCGGUGGUUCCUACCAUCCUCCAAUGCGAAUGCUUACUUACUGAGGCAUCUUCUUCCACUUCUUUUGUUCUUCCCGCCUCGAUUUCACCCCCGAUCGCCAAUUCUAGGGUCCCGAUUCCGCCUCGAUCGCUCGAUCCUUCGUCAUGGGGACGGGCUGCAAGUCGGCGUUGCACCAUCUGCACAGGGACAAGGCCAGGAACCGGGUGGACGACCUCCAGUCCGCCAUCAAGGAUUGCCGCGCCGCCGACGUUGCUGUCCUCGAGGAGCAGGUCCACCAGAGGCUCCGCGAGUGUUGGGCCGAGCUCAACCAGCCUUCACCCGCCACCUCCCUGCAGACGCUCCGUCUGUUGCAGCUGAGCGAGGAGGAGGAUGAUGCGACGAGCAAGCUGGCCGAGUUGGCGUUCGGGAACACACCAAAGCCCGAGCUAGUGGAAUUGCAACAAGCUGAUGUUGGACCCGCGCAAGGUGGACGGGCUGCCAACUUUCAAGAGGAAUACUAUGUGAAUCAGAAUGUAGUUGGGCAGAAGCUCCCAUAUGCCGACCACUAUGAGAGCAACCUGCAGACAGGGCCAGAUAACGUGACUUGCCACGAAGGGGUCAAUCAUUAUAAUUAUCAGCAAUACAAUAUGCAUCAAGAACUGCCCCGUGAUCUUUAUGUUGAUGUCGAUCCUACUGAGUAG